UCCAAGAAGUAAUUUUUCGUGUUAGUGAGUUGGUGUCGAGGGUUCUUCCAAGAGGAGAAAACUGCACUAGAAAUCGCAUAUUGGGUGCAUCUUCUCUACUUUACCUCGCUUCGUAGAUAACCGUUGUGCAGAACCACGUUCAUUUCACAUUUUCACUCUAGGGUUUCUUCAACUUCAUGGCUUCCCCUACUCAUUUCGACGAUGACUUCGAUUUCUUAGGUGGAUUUGCUUCUAGGCAUUCAGGUAGUAAGAGGUCGUCUCCCGAUUACGACGAUGAAGAUUACGACAACGAUCCUUAUGCAACAAAGAAGGCUAAAUCAAAAGCUGAAGAAGCCUCUGGUGUAACAACAGGAAUGAUUUUGUCACUGCGUGAGAGUCUUCAGAACUGUAAGGAUACACUUGUGACAUGCCAAAAUGAACUUGAGGCUGCAAAAUCUGAGAUUCAGAGUUGGCAUUCUACACUUAAAAAUGAGCCUUCUGUACCUGCUGGGGUCACUCCAGAUCCCAAAAUGUUGAUUAAUCAUCUUCAUACCUUGAAAACCUCUGAAGAAUCUUUAAGAGAGCAGCUUGAAAAGGCGAAGAAAAAGGAAGCUGCAUUCAUUGUAACAUUUGCAAAACGAGAACAGGAGAUAACCGAGUUGAAGUCUGCUGUGUGGGAUCUGAAAGUGCAACUCAAGCCACCGUCUAUGCAGGCUCGGAGGUUGUUACUAGAUCCAGCUGUUCAUGAAGAGUUCACUCGUUUAAAGAAUUUAGUCGAGGAAAAGGAUAAAAAAGUAAAGGAGUUGCAAGAUAACAUUGCUGCUAUGAAUUUUACUCCCCAAAGCAAGAUGGGGAAGAUGCUGAUGGCUAAAUGUAGAACCCUACAGGAGGAAAAUGAGGAGAUUGGAAAUCAAGCUUCUGAGGGGAAGAUACAUGAAUUAGGAAUGAAGCUGGCAUUGCAGAAGACCCAGAAUUCACAGCUUAGAAGUCAAUUUGAAGAAAUAGCCCUCCAGCAAGCCCUAAUGUCUCUAUUCCAAGUUUUGUUUUGGAAUAAACACAGCGCCUCGAUAGUCCCCGCAGUGGCAGCUGUUUGGUCCGCUACAGUAGCCCCUAGAAAGAACAGGGCCUGCUCCGACUGUUUGGUCCAAUAGUGGCACUAUAGUAUUUAAAACCCUUUUGGUUCUGUAAUCCCUUGACUCUUACACCAGCUACCUGGGUAACUGCCGUCGCCUUUUAAGAUUCAAAUGAGUGUAUCAAUAGUUUUGUUAAAUUUCAUGCCAAACUGAUACAAUGAAAUGAUAUUGUCGUGUGUGGCUAUAAAGCUAAUGAUUUGUAGUGUAUAGUAUGCUGGAACUAUUAUCAUAACUGUGCUAAUUUAUUUUCUUGUCUAUAAAAUUGAAGACUGGAAGGAUUAAACCCUAGUUC